AUGUUGGGCUUUGGAAAGAAAUCCUCGUCGAAAUCUGCCCCCAAGGUUCCCUCUGAAGACCUCGGCCCGGAAGUUUAUCUACCUUUUACCGACCCACUUGAUUCCGUGAAACCCCCAAAGGAAGCUGAACUGACCGCCGAACAGCAGAAGCUGUAUGACCAGGUUCUGGAGUACUUCAGCAACGAAGAUCUUAGGAUCCCCGUGACGGAGAAAAACUCGUCUUCGUCAGAUCAUCAGCCACUGAGCUAUGAUGAGAAGGCCUGGUUGACGCGCGAGGCCAUCUUACGAUACUUGAGGGCUACUAAAUGGCAUUAUAAAGACUGCAUUGAUCGCAUUGAGGGCACUAUUGCAUGGAGAAGGGAGUUUGGAAUCUCUGCUCAAUUGGACGACUCUUUGAACACUGUCACCGCAGAACUGGUAUCUCCUGAGAAUGAAACAGGCAAGGAAGUGAUCCUGGGAUUUGAAAAUGAUGCUAGGCCAUGUCUUUACUUGAAACCAGGUCGUCAGAACACCAAAACAUCACAUAGACAGGUUCAGCACUUGGUAUUCAUGUUGGAGAGAGUCAUUGACUACAUGCCUUCAGGCCAAGAUUCCUUGGCGUUAUUGAUCGAUUUCAAGCAGCAUCCCGAAGUAGCAGCCAAUGUUUCAACUUCCAAGAUCCCACCAAUUGGUGUAGGCCGUCAAGUCUUACAUAUUUUACAAACCCAUUAUCCCGAACGUCUUGGGAAGGCUUUAUUGACCAAUAUUCCAUGGUUGGGAUGGACGUUCCUAAAAGUAAUCCAUCCAUUCAUCGAUCCAUUAACCAGGGAGAAACUUGUCUUUGACGAGCCAUUCAUCCAGUACUGCCCAAAAGAACAACUAGACCGUGAAUUCGAAGGAGAUGUCAAUUUUGUCUAUGACCAUGCCAAAUAUUGGCCCGAAAUGCUAAAAAUUGCAAGAGAGAAGAAAGAGCACUACAUGCAGCGUUUCGAAGAACUCGGUGCUACCAUCGGCCUGAGUGAAAUUGACCUCAGAGCAUCAUUUUAG